GUUUUUGACAAACUUACUACGUACUAUACCUGCUAUGCAACAACUUAUUUCCUUAAUUGUAAUCUGACCUCUGGCGCGAGGAUUCUCUCUAUAUAUAUACUGUACUUUAACCAUUGGAAAGGAAGCUCUGGAAGAACCCAGGCAAAAAGCCGGCAGUCCUAUCGCCCGUAGGUUCUGGAUCCUUUCGUGACAGCGACUUGCAACCAGCCAGUCACCUUAGAACGACGUUACAACGCAGACUCAUCAUCCCAUCUGACCCCAAGAGAAAGAGGUCAAGGUCAAAAGCAAUUUCCUCCGUACGGAUCUUCACCACCAACGUUACACACCCUUUCACCUUCUCCCGAAUCUAUACACGUCCAAAACAAUGUUGCUUGUUAUCAGCAUUCCUAAACUGGCCCUAUUCCUAUUUCUCUCGUGAGAGCGAGCACAGCAGCUCAUCAUUGAGGCCGUCCCCAUCGUGGUGCAACAAUGACGGACCCGAACCACCACAUCCCAACCGCUCGCAGCGAAGAAGACAACGACUCAGAGACGGAUUUUGCAGCCCAACAUUUAAUAGGUCAUGAAGAGCCUCUAAUUACCCAAAAUGAUACACACGACGUUAAGGCGCUGCCGCGACGCACACCAGAGGACCUUGUCUUCACUUCUACGACGAUAGCACCCUCACCACCCCCACCGACCUUAUGCGCCCCGUCGCAAUUACGAACGGCCCUGUCUUCCCUGAAUACGGCGCAGCAGAGAUAUUCGGGCGCUUCGAGUCCUGAUUCAAGCCCUGUCAGCGCAUCCAGGCUACGAGUACAAAGAAGCUUCACUUCACGGCCACCGGAGCUCGAUGCGUCAGAUACCAACCAAGAACGGCGUGCCUCAAAGGCCAUCCCUAUUGCGAGGACACCGAGUAUAAAGCAGGUUCUUGCGAGCAGCUUUGGGUCAAACUCGUAUACUGGCUCCGCACCAAACUCGGCCUUAUCUUCGCCUCAACUGAAUGCAAUGCCGGACCUUACACCCCUUCCGUCCCCAAUUAUGUCAAAUGACUCUCCUGGCCCAUGGAGGCGGCGCAUAUCUAGGUCCGAAUACAAUGAAUCCAGGACGGCCCCGCUGACUGGGGAUACGGCUCUCGUGACGCCAAACGGAGAACUGAUCCCGUCAGCUAUUGCGAACGAGUCUAAGCGUCGCGCAUACCACGGACUUCUCCUAAACUCAGAAGACGUUGCCUCCAAACCGUCUAGCUACAAAAGAGAGAUACAAAACUCAACUCACGCAAGGAAUAGAAGCCUGAGCGAAUACACGCCUGAUCCGCAAGCGCCUAAGAAACGCCAGCAGUCUGUUUCAGGCACUUAUCCUAAAGACAUGCCUCCUGAUCAUGCUCCACCCGUAGAUUCCCAUAUGCGCAGAGAGCCGAAUCUUGCGCUGCAGAGAGGCAUUGCGCCAGUACCACGGCCGCCAACGCCGCCAUCCAGUCGAACCGGAGGGGAGAGCAGCGAGAGUGAUUCGGCUGCUUCCAGCGCAACAAAGCCAAUAGUAAAGGAUUAUAAAAAGAGGUCUAAACAUAUUUAUUUCGAUGCGGUCACCAUCGCCGACAAUAGGAAAAGAAGAUGGAGGGCAUUGAAGCUAUUGGGAGAAGGCACUUUCAGCAAAGUUGUCCUAGCAACAAGCCAGUUGGAAAAAGACAGUAAUACGGUAGAUGAAGAUGAUGUAUCUGUUCCAGAUAAUGGCGCCACGGAAGCCGCAUUAACUGAGGCGGACACCAAGAAACUGGUAGCUGUCAAGAUAUGUGAGCAUGGCCCUAAAGGAGGCGCAUCUGAAGAAAGAGUGGAAAUUUCUCUGAAACGAGAGCUGGAGCUUAUGAAAUCGAUACACCACCCGUCAUUGGUAGAGCUACAAGCAUGGAGCAUGGAGGAGUCUAGAGCGAUUCUUGUGCUAGGUUACUGCCCCGGCGGAGACCUAUUCGAAGUUGCAAGCCAGCGCCCUUCAAUCCUUGGUCCAUCUCUUCUCCAACGGAUAUUCGCGGAGAUCGUUUCUGCUAUACAAUAUUUGCAUGAGCGCCACAUAGUUCAUCGCGAUAUCAAGCUAGAGAAUGUCUUGGUCAAUCUCCCACACUCGGAGCUAACAAAACCCACCGACUGGAGUACAUACCCACACUCUGUCAUAACUGUUACGGACCUUGGCUUGGCAAGAUAUGUAACGGAUGAUGAGAAGCUUACGACAAGAUGUGGAAGCGAUGAUUAUGCAGCUCCAGAGGUGAUCAUGGGCCAGCCAUAUGAUGGUCGUGCCGUAGACGCCUGGAGCCUGGGCGUCCUUCUCUAUGCCCUUCUGGAGUCGAGGCUUCCUUUUGACCCCAACCCUGGGCUAUCGGAGGGCCACAAGCAGCGAUCCAGAACCUCCCACCGGAUUGCCAGGGUAGAGUGGAGAUGGGUCAUGUGGGAAGGUGAAGACGGCGACCAUGAGGCAGAUGAAGCGAAAUUUGAAGCUGCUGGCCUGAAGACGGCAAUGGAAAUAACCGAAAAUCUUUUGAAAAGAGCGCGCAGUCGAUGGACUGUAGACAGGGUGGCACAGAUUGAGUGGGUGAAAAAUGCUAUUCGUGUUGAUGGCGGCAUUAGGUUUCGGAACGAAGAAGAGGUGGGAAAGGCGGACGACAUAGAGUUAUUAUGAUACUGACAGGAGAGUCCGCCUGUAUAUUUAAUUAUUGGACAAUCAUUACCGUGAAUACUAAAGGAGUUUUGGGAAAGGUGGGGUUUGUCACAUAGGAAUGGUUCUGACAAAGGGGGGCAAGGGAACUUCGGGGAUAAUGGAACGGAAAGGUUGGCAAUUUAGAUACAGCUGUACAAACAUUAUAGGCGGGUAACAGGAUGACCAUUAAUUGAG